UGUCACAGACAUAUGCUUGCACUAGCUCCUAUAAUAGGCAACUUGGUCAGGGGGUGUUGCGCCAUUUAGGCUAGCGCUUUUUGAAAUCAAUCUUAACCAGCCUCUUAAGAUAAAAAAAAACGACCCGAAACUGCAUUUGUGCGUUAGAAAAUAAAAGGUAUCGCUGCGUUGUGUGAUCAUGUCAACAUGCUUUUACUUAGGCUACAUCUCUUGUUCCUCCGAAGGUCACGAGAUUUAAUGAAGACAAAAUGCGCCACCGCAUGUUGGUGAGAUCAAGCGCGUCUGGAGUUUCUGCGGGGAGCUGGAUUGAAGGAAGAACUAAGGCUGUGACGGAACCCGCAUUGCAUCACAGAAUCGUUGCCCAGCCACCACUUGAGCUACAGGCAGCAUCUAUUCGGUUUAUUUUUUCUGUGAAAAAACAGCAUGCCUUAUGAAGGGAUGUUGCUGCUGUAUGGACACCUUGUAGCAUGUUGUUUUUUAAACAGUUAAGCAUUCGUUACAUUGUUGUAAACUUUUUGGUUUCAGUGAAUAUACUAGAUUUUGCUACGCCGAGUCAUCAGCAGCAACAGGGCGUAAAAAAUCAACAAUUAAGCUGAACGGAGUAACCUGUUUGCAGUACAGUUACAAACAGCGUUAAAGUUCUCAGCCCUUACUCGCAGAUUGAAAGAAUUUGUGGAAAUAAUUAAUGCAUCAUUUCCGCUAAAUGGAUCAGCGUAGGUGACGGUCGGAUUAUUGCCUUUUUGAGGAGAUCUGAACCAUUUAGGAAUCCAAAGCCGGAGUAGGAAAAAUAUGUAUGGGAGAUAUACCCAGGAGCUGGGCGCCUAUGCUAAAGAGGAGGCGGCUCGCCUGCGGGAGGACUCGGGUCUGCGUCGCUCGGCCAGCGUGCGUGGACAGACCCCGGAGCCGCUCGAGGACGAGAAGGACGCAUGCACCAAGUGCCAUGACUGCGCCACACGCUGCAGGAAGUUCCUGAUCUCGCGGGUGGGGGAGGACUGGAUCUUCCUCAUCCUGCUCGGCCUGCUGAUGGCGCUGGUGAGCUGGGCCAUGGACUACACCAUCGCCUUCUGCCAGCAAGCUCAGAAGUGGAUGUACGGGGGACUGGAUAGAAACAUGCUGCUCCAGUACCUGGCCUGGGUGACCUACCCCGUGGUCCUCAUCACCUUCUCGGCAGGCUUCACGCAGAUCCUGGCCCCGCAGGCAGUGGGUUCAGGGAUCCCCGAGAUGAAGACUAUCCUGAGAGGCGUAGUACUGAAGGAAUACUUGACCUUUAAAACCUUUGUGGCCAAAGUCAUCGGCCUCACAUGUGCCCUGGGCAGUGGCAUGCCCCUGGGGAAGGAGGGACCAUUUGUUCAUGUUGCCAGCCUGUGUGCUGCUCUCCUGAGCAAGUUCAUGGCCUUGUUUGGAGGGAUCUAUAUGCUGAAGGAAGAGCCCUUUGUGGGAACCAAGAACGAACUGAGGAACACGGAGAUGCUGUCUGCAGCCUGUGCUGUCGGUGUGGGCUGCUGUUUCGCUGCCCCGAUAGGAGGUGUGCUCUUCAGCAUUGAGGUGACGUCCACCUUCUUUGCGGUGAGGAAUUACUGGAGAGGCUUCUUUGCCGCAACCUUCAGUGCCUUCAUCUUCCGAGUGCUGGCCGUGUGGAACCAAGAUGAGGAGACAAUCACUGCUCUCUUUAAAACGCGUUUCCGCCUCGACUUCCCCUUUGACCUCCAGGAGCUUCCAGCAUUUGCUGUCCUUGGGAUUGCCAGUGGCUUUGGGGGUGCUCUGUUUGUUUACCUAAACCGAAUAAUUGUUGAAUCCAUGAGGAAGCAGAAAACAAUCAACAAGUUUUUACUGAAGAAGCGGCUGGUGUACCCUGCUCUCGUCACCCUGCUGGUGUCCACCCUCACUUUUCCUCCAGGGUUUGGGCAGUUCAUGGCUGGACAGUUAACUCAGCAUGAGUCUCUGGUGGCACUCUUUGACAACCGCACCUGGUACAAGCAGGGAGUAGCGGAGGAGUUUGACUUCCAGCCUGAGGCCUGGAAACACCCCCAGCUCAAUGUCUUCGUCACUCUCCUCCUCUUCGUCGUCAUGAAAUUUUGGAUGUCAGCAGUGGCAACCACCAUGCCAGUUCCCUGUGGAGCUUUCAUGCCAGUCUUCCUCAUAGGAGCUGCAUUUGGACGUCUCGUUGGAGAGAGCAUGGCGGCCGUUUUUCCUGAUGGCAUAACCGCCGACGGCACCGUGUAUCCCAUAGUACCUGGCGGCUAUGCAGUUGUAGGUGCGGCAGCUCUUUCAGGGGCUGUCACACACACCGUGUCGACAGCGGUGAUCGUGUUCGAGCUGACCGGUCAGAUUUCCCACAUCCUACCCGUGAUGAUCGCUGUGAUCCUGGCCAACGCUGUGGCCCAGAGCCUGCAGCCCUCGCUCUACGACUCCAUCAUCCGCAUCCAGAAGCUGCCCUACCUCCCCGAGCUGGGCUGGGGGCAGGAGAAGUAUAAUAUCAGAGUAGAGGACAUCAUGUUGCAGGACGUGCGUCACAUCACUCUCACCUCCACCUAUCGCCACGUCCAGGAUGCCGUGAGCACAGCCCAGCUCAAAACACUGGCCCUGGUGGAGUCCAAUGAGUCCAUGAUACUGCUCGGCUCCAUUGAGCGCUCCCAGCUCCAGUCCCUGCUCUCCCUGCAGCUGGGUCGCACUCGGCGGCUGGAGUUCCUGCGAGAACGGGCCCAGGACAACGGUGCCCACCUCCCCAUGCUGAUAGGCCAGGACAGCCCGCCCAAGGGGAGCCGCGGGGUCCGGUUCCUGGUGAGCAGCGCCGGGAUCUCCACGGAAGAAUCGUCCUAUAGCCCAACUGUCUCCAACUCUCAGAUUCCUCUGAAGUCUGCACUAAAGACAGUGUCUGCUGUCGGCAACACGGACACACCCAACAGCUCCCAAACACUGUCCUGUGAGGACCCUGAGCAGGAGCUGGUGGAGAGCAAAGCUCGGGCCGUGGCUCGUAAGAGCAGGAGGCCCAGGCGAGUCAGGACCCCCUUGGCGGCUCCAGACGUGGAGGAUGACAUGACUACAGCUGAGAUUGCUGAGUGGGAGGAGAGACAGCUGGAUGAACCUGUAGACUUCAAGAACUGCAAAAUAGACCCUGCCCCUUUCCAGCUGGUGGAGCGCACCUCCUUACACAAGACCCACACCAUCUUCUCGCUGCUGGGACUGGACCAUGCUUACGUCACCAGUACGGGCCGGCUGGUGGGAGUCGUGUCUUUGAGAGAGCUGAGGAAGGCCAUCGAGGGCUCGGUGACAGUCACAGGUGUGAAAGUGCGCCCUCCACUGGCCAGCUUCCGUGACAGUGGCACCAGCACCAGCGUGGCGGAGGUGACCGAACUGCACAAGCUGUGGAAUCGGCACCGGAGCCUGUCGUUGCCACGGGAACCGAGCCCACCCGAAUUGGAGGACCAGUCGGACUUGGCCUUGGACGGCAGCCCAGUGUUCAGCAGGGACUGCACCGAGCUGUCCACUCAGAACACCACGCUGCAGUCAGAUGACCAAUCAGAGGUGGUAUGCGAGUCAGCCAGCCCCUCCCAUUCCCCAGAAACACUUCCAGAGUUGCCAUGUGACUAUGAUUCCACCCACCUGGAUGUGGACCAAUCAGGAGCUGAGGAGGAGCUUUGCCCUUCCCCGUCUGAAGAGCCGCCAGAGGAAGUGUGUGAAGCAGCUGAGGCCGACACAAAGGAUCUUGUAGAAUGACUCUAACAUUCUCUUACUCUCUCCCUCUUUCUUUCCCUCUGUGUCGAUCUCUUUCUCCUCUCGUCCAUGCACACAACCAUAGGAAGACAGGGUAGUCUGGACCUAGCGGGGACUCUUACAGGUGUGUGUCGGGGGUGGGGGCAGCACUGAUAACACCUUUAUCACCUCCAGAACCCAGAGACUUCCUCUCUCCAUAUCAUGUGUGUGUGUGGGUCAAAGAUAGUGAAAGCACACGUGUGUCAGGGAUGGAGGGAUCCACAAGAUCGGUGCAAUGCCAAGGGAAGCACAUGCACCAGUAUGGGGGCAUGUGUGAGGGAGCAUGUAAAGACUGUGAUUGUGUAUGUGUGUGUAUGUGUGUUUGUCUGUGUGUCUGUCUGUGUGUGUGUGUGUGUGUGUGCGUAUAUGUGUGUGUUGUGUGUGUGUGUGUGUGUAAGUGACUCAGCUGCAGCCAGCCCACAUACCCAUCUGGUGCUGACACUUUUAAUCUAAAUAAGAUUGUCUCUGAGAACGAAACUACAAUUUCUCUCCAAAUAUAGCUCCUAAUAACCCAAACUGAAGGGAAGGAGAGAGGGAGGGAGGAAUGAAGGGAGGGAUGGAUGGAGGGAGAACAAGAGAGGGGACUGGAGGAGAAACAGAAAAAUGGGAUGACGCAAGAGAGACAGGCAGAGGAGAGGGAAGGAACGAGUGGGAAUAAAUGGGAAUAAACGACACGUUGUCACAAACAAGAUAAAUGCCACACUGCGGCAAAACCGCAGCCCUCUCCACACCACAACCACACCACAGCUCCACCACACCGGCCAAGCCUAAGAGCCUGCAGCGGAAAAGGUCCUAAAGCACACUGUAAUUUACUCUACUACUACAAUGGCAUUUGUAUUUAGCAUUUAAGAGUCUUCGUCUGAAUCCAAAGCAUACGUGUGUGUGUGUGUGUGUGUGUGUGUGUGUGUGUGUUGUUGAUCACAGGAGGUUAAGUGUUGAUGGGGGUUAGUCACAUGCGCUUGUACAUCAGUGUCGCCAGUCUGCCCUGAAGCCCAGGCGAGUGUCAAAGCGGUCUGGGAAUGUACUGCUCUUGUGUGACUGAUCGGUGUGGGUGGACACCCCUCUUGCACGUGUAAAUACCAACUCUCGUUGCUCUCUAAGCGUGCAAGUUGCACACGUUUGAGAGAAUGAGCUCGAAAAUAAAAUAAACUGUAAGAUCUGUAUGUAAAAAGACUGCGAUAUGCACAUGCAUGUGCAAAUAGAAAUCCCCCCCCCUCCCACCCCCAUCUUAUCCCCCACACACACAUGAAGGCCAAGAAGCUUCAGCCAUACAGGUUAAACCCUGAACCUUGUGGCCGGUGAUGUCAAUAGAUCUAAUGUAGAUAACUUGUACAGUAGAGAGCGUAGUUUUUUAGACUGGGGUAGAACUGCAUUGGCCAGUUUAGGAAUACAAACAGUCCAAAAACUUACAAAUAGUGAGAGAAUGCUGUAUUUUAUUUUAUUUUUUAAGGAAGCUGUACUUGAUCCUGUGGGUCUAAUAAAUGUUGCCUUUAGUUUAAGUACAGCUUUUGAGUCCUUAGCAACCCACUGAGGUCUGGAUGACCACAAAUGCCUAACUAGGCAUCAUUACCCACUUCCUUAUGUUUGGUCUCGUUUUAAUUGCUAAAAUGCAAUAAAUGUCUACGUUUUGGAAUGUAUUGCCCGCCAUAUAAGAUUAUUUUUGGUGACCUUAUUAUAGAAUGUACUGUAUAGUGUUUUUAGACAACAAAGUGCACAUGCAGUAGAGAGAAGCAAUAAGUGCAUAAAUGGCCCUGAAUGCUCUUUAUAAUCCCAUUGAAGAAAUGUGAAUGAAAUUUAAACUUUAACUCCUAACAUGUAUAUAGAAAAUAUGCAUACAAAUCAACAGUUGACAUUAUUUUUAAGAAUACAUUGAAUUGUUUUGUACAUCAGUGACAUAUUAAAUUCAAUCUUUGAAGUUUAA